AUGAUUAACGUGUUAAUAUCGCUGGCAAAAGAGAAAACUUCGCCACCACUGCAUGGAGCUGCUUAUGAAGAACUUGUUAACACAAUAUAUAGGCAAAAGAAAAUGAAAGAGAAAAUUCAAGAAUCAUUUAAGAGAAUAAAAAACGCUUUCAAGAAAAUGCAAGAAAAAUAUGAUGAAUGUGAACGACUUAGCUUGUUCGCAAAAUAUGUUCGCUUGCAACAAAUGAUUAGCGAGGUCAUUGUACUAGAGGAGCAGUAUUGGCAAUUGGUUAAUGUACCCGAACCGCUAGGAUCAGAAUCUACUGUAGAUUAUAUUAACAGGAUUAUGGAUGUCGUUGAUAAUUCAAAAGUUCCUCCUCGUAGAGGAAUUGUUUCAUUAAUUGGUGCUGCGCUUGACUUUGAUACCACAAAAAAAAUGACGGUUUAUGAGGCUAUUAAAAUCGUCGAAUUUCCAGGGCUUUCAACUGAUGAGAUGCAAGCAGAACGUGAUCGCCUUUAUAACGAAAUAUAUAGGUUGAUAAAGCAAUAUUUAAGUCUAAGAAUGGUAUUGAAGCAAUUAUGUUCCAGAUAUCAUGUCUCUUUAUUUUUGCCAAUAUUUCCUCGAUAUAAUCUUUUAAAGGCCCUCAUUAAGAACACUCUUAGAGCACCAGUUUUUGUUGAAAUUUGUCUUAAGCCAGACGACCAAUCUUAA